AUAAUUAAGAUGUUUGAAAAUAAUAGUGAUAUAGAAAAUAGUAAAUGCCUUCAACAAUUUUGUCAAAUAUUACCAAAGAUUGAGUUGCAUGCGCAUUUGAAUGGAGCAUUAAGCAAAAAGACAUUGGAUGAUUUGUAUAAAAUGAAAUACCCAGAAAAGACUGAUACGUGCGAGGCUUUUAAUUUUGCAUCGUUAAAAGAAGUCUUCGAAGUUUUUAACAUUGUUUAUUCUGUAACUACAACACCAGAGGCUGUCUUUAUUGCAACGUAUAAUACAAUCAAGGAAUUUUACGAGGACAAUGUCAUUUAUUUGGAAUUAAGAAGCACACCUCGCGCAGAAAAUGGAAUGACAAAAACAGAAUACGUACUAGCUAUUUUGAAAGCCAUAGAGACAUGUCAAACGGAAAAAAUAGAUAUUAUUGUGAAAUUAUUGAUAUCGAUCAAUCGAAAACAGGGCUACAAGGCAGCAAAAGAAAAUAUUCACUUAGCUAUUGAUAUGUGCAAAGAGUACAAAAAUAUAGUUGGCAUUGACUUGUCCGGAGAUCCAACGAAAGGAGAAGCUUUUAUAGAAUUACUUUAUCAGGCUAGAAAAGCUGGCUUGAAGAUUGCUGCGCACUGUGCCGAGGUUGCGAACGAAGUGGAAUGUAUGAAUAUUUUGAAAUUUAAACCUGAAAGAUUGGGCCACGGCACUUGUAUUCAUCAACAUUCAAACGGAUCGGAAAGGCUAUACCAAACCUUAUUAGAUUCUAAGAUCCCAGUUGAAAUAUGUUUGACGUCAAAUGUUAAGUGUAAAACUGUUGCAAAUUAUAGCUCUCAUCAUUUUAAAUAUUUGUAUGAAUCGAAGCAUCCCGUUUGCAUAUGUACUGACGAUAAGGGCGUUUUUGACACAACUUUGUCAAAGGAAUUCACGCUGGCUGUCGAGCAUUUUAAUUUAAAUAAAAGUCAUCUUGUCAAUUUAAUGAAAUCCACCGUUAAUUAUGCUUUUGCAAGUGACAUUGAGAAAAAUAAGAUGAUUGAAAUAAUUGAUAAUUUCAAAAAUGUUUGGAUUUAA